AUGCCAACCCAAGCACAAUGGUUAGCGAUUCUGACGCACAAUGAACCUCCUCACCUCCAGUGGGUCGAGCUGGCGUACCGCAUUUUCCACAACACUGAUAGGAAUCACCAGCUACCUGUCCAUCGUGUUCCCCAACAGCCAACCGCACGACGCCUGAAAUCACGCCACCCACCAUGGGAACGAGCAACGACUCCACGUCUGAGUCUCGAGGAACGGUGGCGAGCAGAAUGGGACGCUACAGCUGUCCGUAACAAAUAUCUAAUCUCCAAUCCGACCACAGAACUCCUUGACAUGGACUUGAAUCGCCUAGAAUUGUCGAAAUUAAACAGGAAUCGAACAGGCCAAGACGCUAUGGACACAUAA